UAAUUUUCAAAGGAGAGAGACGGAGCGAGGGGUUGUCUUCGAAAUCUCUUCAUCUCCACACUCCUUCAAAGAAAGUCCCUUCCUUUGACCGAUCCCCUUACCCGCUUUCCACAAACCUUCGCAGUUGGAUCCUCUCUCUCGAGAUUGAGAGAGAUUGCUUUCGUGGCGAUCAGUUAUAUAGAUUGAUGAUUGCCUCUCACUCGCCGUGUUCUGAGGAGGGAGAGGAUGGGCUCCUGCUUCUCGACCGCAGGCAAGGCAACAGGCGGCGCCGCCGCCGGCAACCGGGAGACGGCGAUUUCGCUCCCAGAAGCGAAUGCUGGACUGGAAAGCGUACAGAAAAGUCAGCACGCGCAGAAGCAGACUGAGUUGUCUGAUGAUAAUCCGCAGCCACAGCAUCAGCGGGAGGGGAGGGAGAGGGAGAGGGAGAGGGAGAGGGAGAGAGAGAAGGAGAAGGCGGCCGGUGCCGGGCAUAAGAGGAAGGUGAGCGGGAUCGUGCCGUAUGGGAAGAGGAAGGAUUUCUGCUAUGCGAAGGAUUUUGAUAGCCGGUAUGCGAUUGGAAAACUCCUAGGUCAUGGUCAAUUUGGGUAUACCUUCGUUGCGACUGACAGGGCCAAUGGAGACAGAGUGGCGGUCAAGAGGAUCGAGAAGGCUAAGAUGGUUCUUCCGAUUGCUGUCGAGGAUGUAAAGCGUGAAGUAAAGAUACUCCAAGCCCUUAAAGGCCAUGAGAAUGUUGUCCACUUCUAUAAUGCAUUUGAGGAUGAUAAUUUUGUGUAUAUUGUUAUGGAAUUGUGCGAGGGUGGUGAACUACUUGACCGGAUAUUAGGCAAGAAGGAUAGCAGGUACACAGAGAAAGAUGCCGCUGUUGUAGUAAGACAGAUGCUCAAAGUUGCAGCAGAAUGUCAUCUACAUGGUCUAGUACAUCGGGACAUGAAGCCUGAGAAUUUUCUUUUCAAAUCAACCAAAGAUGAUUCUCCUCUAAAGGCUACUGACUUUGGCCUCUCAGAUUUUAUAAAGCCAGAGAAGAGAUUUCACGACAUUGUUGGUAGCGCUUAUUAUGUUGCUCCCGAGGUACUGAAACGCAAAUCUGGACCCGAAUCAGAUGUUUGGAGUAUAGGUGUCAUCACUUACAUUUUAUUAUGUGGGCGUCGACCAUUUUGGGAUAAAACUGAAGAUGGGAUUUUCAGGGAGGUGUUGAAAAAUAAACCUGAUUUUAAGAGGAAGCCCUGGCCUAGCAUAAGCACUAGUGCAAAAGCUUUUGUUCAGAUGUUGCUAGUGAAAGAUCCUCGUGCAAGGCUGACUGCUGCUCAAGCCUUAUCACACCCAUGGGUGAGAGAAGGGGGAGAUGCGAAGGAAAUCCCCUUAGAUAUAUCUGUUUUAUCUAAUAUGCGCCAAUUUGUUAAGUACAGCCGUUUAAAGCAGUUUGCCCUAAGGGCUCUAGCAAGUACGCUUAAUGAAAAUGAGCUAGCUGACCUACGAGACCAGUUUGAUGCAAUUGAUGUUGAUAAAAAUGGUGCAAUCAGUCUUGAAGAAAUGAGACAAGCCCUUGCAAAAGAUCUUCCAUGGAGAAUGAAAGAUUCACGUGCUUUAGAAAUUCUUCAAGCUAUUGACAGCAACACGGAUGGACUGGUAGAUUUCUCUGAAUUUGUUGCAGCAGCUUUGCAUGUUCAUCAGCUAGAGGAGCAUGAUUCUGAGAGGUGGAAUUUGCGCUCUCAAGCCGCUUUUGAUAAAUUUGAUGUAGACAGAGAUGGAUAUAUCACUCCUGAGGAACUCAGAAUGCACACAGGGCUUAGGGGUUCAAUUGAUCCACUAUUAGAAGAGGCAGACAUUGACAAGGAUGGAAAGAUCAGUUUAUCUGAAUUCCGCAGGCUUCUAAGAACUGCAAGCAUGGGUUCCCGCAAUGUCCCCAGUCCAUCUGGAGCUCGGAGUCAUCAAAGGCCAUAGAACUGUAAGCCAUUGCAGAGGUUCUGAAAAAAUGGACAAACUUACUAUCUUCGCACCAAAACUGAUUCGUAGCUGUUACUCAUUGUGUGUGUAGAGUGAGAUUGAGAUAGAUGGAAGAGAGAGAAAGUAACAAGCAUUCAAUGCUGUAUCUGCUGGUUAUUCUCCUUAGAAAAAUUGGUCUUUUCAGCUCCCAUAAGGUUGGUGAGUGCUUCAGAAAGCUGGUAUAUUCGUACGUAAUAAUAUAUCUUGUGAAGCCACCAUGACAGAUUUCUUGUAUUAUCCUCUUCUGAAUGGUCUCCAUUCUUUCUCUUGGCUGAUCUCCAGCUUUCACAGGACAUGUACAAGUAGCAAACAACAGUUAUCAAUGAAAAACUUGUUUGCAAACCAUUCAGCUUGGGGUCUUUGUUCUUAUUUCUCCUGAUGUAAAUUACAUUUGUUGAAGCAAUUGAUUUUUAUAAUUUGGUUGUUUAUG